UCCUUUUUCCUUGCUUUCUUUGCGUAUUGUACUUUUGUUUCACAUCAAUGGCGGUGCAUGUAGUUCGAUUGCCGGCUACUCAGGUUCCUGGCGGAAUCGUCGGAAACCAGUCGGGGAUUGAUCGGAAACCGAUCGAGAUUGUCCGAUUUGGUUGCGGAUCUUCGAAGCGGUGGCGGAGGUUAGCUGUGUCGGCUUCAGUUCGGGGAAACGAUGAAAAUGGCGGAGAUAAGUCUGUUGGGGCUCUCGAGAUGCAUAACGUGUUAGAAGAUCUACCUUAUGAUGUAUUUUCCAGAGAGUCGCCUCUGCUUCCGAAGCCAUUAUCUUCAAGUCAGCUGGUAGAAUCCGUCUCCACUGGAUCUCGGGUUCGUGUGGCUUAUCAGGGAGUUCGGGGAGCAUACAGUGAAUCAGCAGCACAAAAGGCAUAUCCAAAUUGCGAAGCUGUUCCAUGUGAGCAGUUCGACACUGCAUUUGAGGCUGUAGAGCGGUGGCUUGUAGACCGGGCAGUCUUACCAAUUGAGAACUCUUUAGGUGGAAGUAUCCACAGAAAUUACGAUCUUCUGCUGCAACACAAUUUGCAUAUUGUAGGGGAAGUCAAGCUUGCGGUCCGUCAUUGUUUGUUGGCCAACCAUGGUGUUAAAACUGAAGAUCUGAAAAGGGUGCUUAGCCAUCCACAGGCUCUCGCUCAAUGUGAGAACACACUGACCAAAUUGGGGUUGGUCAGAGAAGCAGUAGAUGACACGGCUGGUGCUGCGAAGUAUGUUGCUUUCCACAAACUAAAAGAUGCGGCAGCUGUUGCUAGUGUGGAGGCUGCAAAGAUAUAUGGCUUGAAUAUACUUGCUGAAGAUAUCCAGGACGACUGCGAUAAUGUUACUAGGUUCUUAAUGCUAGCAAGGGAACCGAUUAUUCCUGGCACUGACAAACUCUUUAAGACAAGUAUAGUUUUCUCACUAGAGGAAGGGCCUGGAGUACUCUUCAAAGCACUUGCCGUGUUUGCACUUAGACAAAUCAACCUCACAAAGAUCGAAAGCCGUCCUUUAAGGAAACGACCUCUUCGGGCGUCUGGAGACAACGGACUGAAAUACUUUGAUUAUUUGUUCUACGUGGACUUCGAAGCAUCUAUGGCGGAUCAGGAUGCUCAAAAUGCACUAAGGCAUCUAAAGGAAUUCGCUACGUUUUUGCGCGUUCUGGGAAGCUAUCCAGUGGACACUACGAUGCUCUGAACGUCGUCCUCGUCGUUUGAGCACUUAAAGAAAAGGAAGGAGGGCAUGAGGACUCGAGGAGGGAGACGUCACAGGUUCCUUCCACCAUAUGAUUUUUUUUUAUUAUAUUAUUAUCUCUGAAUAAUUUCUUUAAUUUACUUUUUUUUUUUUUUUUUCCUACGGAGGGUUUAGUUUCACUUACUGCUUUAUACCCAAAUCACAAAAAAAAAAAAUCUUCGAUACUGUUUUUUUUUUCUCACUUUUUUGGAGUAUUGUUGGUAGAAGUAUAAAGGGUAGGCGGUGGAUUGCUACUGUCGUGGUGUUUCGCCAGAAAUGCUUUUAAAUUGGUUGUAAUAAUCCAGAAACAAAGUUUUAUAUAAGAAACGCUGCUCAAAACACCUAUUUAUGUA